AUGUCUCCUGCAAGGUCUUCAUUCUCCGUCAUGGAGUUCCAAGUGAAGAAACCCCGAGGAGGCAAUCAGGCCAAGAAUAGAGGCCCGAGGCCCAAUUCCGGCAACAAGACCAGUGCUUCAGUGCACGGGCCUGAUACAAGAGGACAUGGCCAGAGAAAGGAAUUGAACCAGUCAGAGGUAACGAGAAACGAUCACAAUGAGAACAAAAAGCAAGAAGUUGUACCUCAGCCAAUUGCAGGGUGUAUCACUGACCCAUUACCAUCAAAACUGGACUCAUUGCAAAUCUCAACAGCAAAACCCCUGAACAAAUUAGUGCCUAUGCAACGGCCAAAUCAAACCAAAACAUCACGUAAUCAAUCGAUCAACAUCCUUGUCAAUCAUUUCCCCAUCAACUACGACGAAAAAGGCAGAAUCUUACACUAUGAAUUCAAAGUAGAGCUCGAAAAAUCAACUGCUGAAAUCUCAAAGGCAGACUUCUCAUCAAUCAAGCACAAGCUAUUCAACUCCCGAAAGGAUCUCUUCCCCUCUUCAUCAAUAGCCUAUGAUGGUCACAGAUAUGUUUACAGUUCAAUCCAAUUGCCUGUUGGCCAAUUCAAAGUUGAAUCACAUCGAAAAAUUUAUGUUGCCACCAUCGAGUACAAAAAAGAGCUAAAUCUCUCAAAGCUCAAAGGAUCUCCAGUCUCAAGAGAGGUCUUACAAGGUCUAGAUGUCAUAAUCCGAAAGGAUUCAGCUCUCAAAAAAUUUGCCAUUGGCAGAAACCUGUACUCCAAAGGAGCCAACCAUUCUUAUAAUCUAGGGAGAGGGAUUAUAGCUCUUCAAGGCUCACAUCAAACUACAAAAUCCACAGAGCUCGGUCUAAUGCUAUCUGUUGAUGAUUCUAUAAUGCCAGUUCGAAAGCCUGGACCAGUGCUCAAAUACCUCCAAGAAAAUUUACGGAUUAAAUUCACUGAAAAUGUAAAAUUAACCGAAACUCAAAGAUUGGCAAUUGAGUAUGCAUUGGAAGAAGUUCGAGUGAGUGUAACUCAUCGGAAAGAGCAAUCAAAAUACAGAUUUUUCGGGCUGACCGAAUUAAUGACAAAGGAUAUUGUGUUUAAAGAUGAUAACUCUGGUAGAGAGAAGAAGCUUGUUGAUUAUUAUAGGCAGAGGUAUAAGGUUGAGGUGAGGUAUAAGAGUUUGCCUUGUUUGGAUUUGAGUAAGGAUCAUAUGAAUUUUGUGCCGAUGGAAUUCUGUGAGAUCAUUGAAGGGCAAGUUUAUCCAAAGGAGGAUUUGGGGAAAGAGGAGGAGAAGAAGUUGAGGGAUAUUGCUUCAUCUUGUCCUAGUUUGAGGAAGGAGAAGAUUAUGGACGUGAUCAAUGAUGCAAAUGGACCUUGCAGUGGAGAUCUCGCGAAGAACUUCAACGUCUCGAUCACCAAAGAAAUGACACAGAUAACUGGUCGAGUUCUCAAUCCUCCAAUUCUCAAACUCGCAAAAGCCAACGGUCAAAUCUGCAAAUUCAAAAUCCAAAACGACAAAUGCCAAUACAACCUCUUCAACCACAAACUCCUCAAUCCCAAACCUGUCAAAUCCUGGGCAAUCCUCGACUUCAGCGCAACCCCAACAAACCCAAACCACCAAUCCCUCCAAAUCUCUCCCUUCAUCUCUCACCUCGUUCGGAAAUUCAAAUCCCUCGGCAUCAAAAUACCCGAAAAACCCAUGUUCGUCCGCGAAUCCGCAAUGGCUGUACUUUCAAGCUCAAGAUGGCUAUACGAAGAGCUCACCGAAACUCAACCUCAACAAGUUGACCUUCUCAUUUGCAUGAUGUCGGAUAAGCAUCCGGGGUUUAAGACAUUGAAGUUGAUAUGUGAGACUGAGCUUGGGAUACUGACGCAGUGUUGUCUGAGUUAUCAUUGUAAUAAUGUGAGUAAGAGGGAAUUGUAUCUUGGCAAUUUGGCGCUUAAGAUAAAUGUGAAGCUUGGCGGGAGUAAUGCAGAGUUGUUCGAUGCAUUGCCGAGGAUGGAGGCGGAUGGGCGGCCGUUUAUGAUUGUUGGGGCCGAUGUGAAUCAUCCGGCGAGUUGGAAUAGGACAAGUCCGUCGAUUGCUGCCAUGGUUGGGAGCAUUAAUCCGCAGUCCACCAGGUACGCUUCAAGUAUCCGAGCCCAAACUCACCGCGUCGAGCGCAUUAUCGACGCAGGCACAAUGUGCAAAGAGCUCAUCGACGUCUACGAACAACACAACGGCGUCAAACCCCAAAAAAUAAUCUACUUCCGCGACGGAGUCAGCGACGGCCAAUUCGACAUGGUCCUCAACGAAGAGGUCCGAGACAUCCGAUCGACAAUCUCAUCACAUUACUACUCACCAACAAUCACGGUCAUCGUAGCCCAAAAAAGGCACCACACUCGGCUGUUCAGAAACCGAGACGACAACUCCAACGUCGGAAAUGUUCCUCCGGGCACGGUCGUGGACGCGGGCAUCGUCGACCCGUCGACAUUCAACUUCUAUCUUUGCAGCCACUAUGGAAGUUUGGGCACAAGCAAGCCAACACAUUACCAUGUUCUUCACGAUGAACAUGGAUUUAGUUGUGACGAGGUGCAGAGGCUAGUGUACAAUUUGUGCUUUACGUUUGCGAGGUGCACGAAGCCUGUGUCGCUCGCUACGCCCGUGUAUUACGCGGAUAUUGUGGCGUACCGUGGGCGAGUUUAUUAUGAGGGGAUGGCGGAUUUGAGACGGUCGUCUGGGUCGAGGGCGUCGUCGACUUCAUCGUUGAGCUCGUUGGCGACGUCGAGUUCAUCAGUGUUGGGUUCUGGUCAGUGUAGUGUGCUGCCCAGUCGGCAUUGGAAGUUUGUAAACGGAAUGGUUUGGCUGUAG